CUUUUUUGCAACUUUGAGGACCAAACUAACCCUUUACUCGUUUGUUUUUAUAGAUUAGAUAUUGCUGAAUAAAAGGACCAUUUCCAUUAGAUGAAGAAGCAAGUUGUUUUGGGGAGGAGGUUGCAUUAGCAUAUUGUGCAUAAAAAUCAUUAAGUAAAGAGAAAAAUGUCAAAUAAUUCCCGUAUUUAACUAUUUAUGCAUAAGUAGCAAUUGGAUCCUUUUACUAUUGUUCGAAUCAAUGAAGUCCACCAAAUUCAAAUAAUUAGCCAAAAUGCCAAAUACUCCGUAUGUCUUUUGAGCAGUAAGCCGUUGGUAACUUCUCUUUUCGUUUUUUCUUUCUUUCCUUCUUCCUGGCUGACCUCUUCAACCGAGUUUGCAUCGAUGAUUUCUUUCUUUCUUUGUUAUCCCGUUCACUAUCUUUUUCCUCCUGAUUUUCUGCCUCGCCCCAAUUUCUUUCUUUUCCAAUUUCUUUUUUUCUUCCAUCCUACCCGCUUGUCUUUCACUGGAUGGCGUUGACGACUUGACGGUUAAGAAGUUGUGGCCGGCGGGUGGCGGCCGGCCGGCAGAGGUUUGGGAGGGCAUGAGAGACGGGUGGCGCGCGGCUUCCGCUGGGAAAGAUUUGGACGAUGCGAGGCGGGUGACGGUGGUUGGGGAAGUGUGGGCGACAGGCCGCGCGUGGCGGCGGCUAGGCAAGCUUUGGCUAUGGCAUAUUGGAGAAGUAUGUUCUACAAUCAACACACGAUAUUGGUCCCGGAAUUCGGAGAUCGAGCUUCGUUCGUGCGGCUGGGUAUUUCGUGGAAUGAGUGGAAUACAAGGGCAGUGGUGUGCGGUUUUGGUUUUGUGAGCGAAGAAACACGAGGCAACAUGAUAGAGUUUUAUUCUGCACCUCGGACAUGGAUUUCAAUGGCGAAGGAUGGGGUUUUAGAUGAAUUUUCCAGGGGUUGAAAUUCUCUUCUACCAUACUACAGCAGUUUGCCCUCCUCCAGAACCACCUCCGUGCGAAGAAGCAGUUUGGGGAAAGCUUUUAUUUUCGUAUUAUUUUUCCUUUCGUAGUACUUAUUUUUAUUUCAAUUCGAGCAGGGAUGGUUGGAGUAUUUUGAUUUUUGAAGAACUUUUGAUUGGCAGUACUUCAUUUUCGAUCGUUUUAGGCUUCUUCUUGCCCGUUUUGUGUCUAGCGAGUCAAGUUGCUUUGUAUGGGUGGCUGACUCUAACCCUAUUCCUAGGGCUUACGAUCAUAUCUGUAAUAGCUGUCUGGAUUUUGUCUUGCAUGUUUGCUCUAUAUUAAUUGAAAAACCCUUUAAUUUGAU